GUCUGGCAUGGACUUAUGCAGUCUUUAAGUCUAAGUGGGGUGGUAAAAAUUUUUUAUGAAGUCAAGUAGCAGUAAGUUGACUGAUGUGGACACGUUUGUUACUGGGUACUUUCUGAUAUGCCUCGGAGACUCUGAUAUUUGUUUAUAUUGACAAAUUGUUGAUUUCUGUUAGCAUGCCAAAGUAACAUGCGUCAAGUACCAAAAUAUGACUGAGGUGUAUACAUACAAAAUUAGCUAAAAAUAAAUAAAUAACGUUACAUAUCAAUCGUCCGGUAAUAAAACUUUAGACGCGGAGAUGUACACCUGUAAAAUUGGCAAAAGGGCUAGCAUGCUAAUGGUUGUGCCGUUAAAAAUCGUAAUAUUGGUAUGCUAAAAUGCUCGCAUUUUAAAAUGCUAGCAUUAGCAUGCUAACAGUAUGACGCUAACAAUAGUAUGAAUACAAAUGAAUUACCAAAAUAUGACACUGACACUAUAUGCUUGUGAAUUUGGUUAAAAAAAAAUCUUAAUAGCAUGCUAAAAUGCUAACCGUAACAUGCGUCAAGUACCAAAAUAUGACUGAGGUGUAAACAUACAAACUUAGCUAAAGAAAUAAAUAACGUUACUUAUCAACCGUCCGGUAACAAAAUAUUAGACGCGGAGAUGUAUACCUGUAAAAUUAGCAACAACAAAAAAAAGCUAGCAUGCUAACAGUAUGAUGCUAACAAUAGUAUGAUUACAGAUAGCAUUAGUAUUACUACCAAAAUAUGACCCUGACAAUAUAUGCCUGUGAAUUUGGUUAAAUAAAAGCUAAUAUUAGCAUGCUAAAAUGCUAACCGUAACAUGCGUCUAAUGCUAAAAAAAAAAAAAAAAAAAAAAGGCUUGUAAAAUAACUUUAGGUAUAUAUCGUCCGGUACUAAAAUAUUAGAUGCGGAAAUGUAUACCUGUAAAAUUGGCAAAAGGGAUAGCAUGCUAACGGUUGUGCCGUUAAAAAUCUUAAUAUUGGCAUGCUAAAAUGCUAACUGCAACAUGCGUCAAGUACCAAAAAAAAAAGCUAGCAUGCUAACAGUAUGACGCUAACAAUAGUAUGAUUACAGAUGAAUUACCAAAAUAUGACACUGACACUAUAUGCUUGUGAAUUUGGUAAAAAAAAUAAUUUAAUAAUAGCAUGCUAAAAUGCUAAAUGUAACAUGCGACAAGUACCAAAAUAUGACUGAGGUGUAUACAUACAAAAUUAGCUAAGAAAAAUAAAUAAAUAACGUUACGUAUCAAUCGUCCAGGAACCAAAUAUUAGACGCGGAGAUGUAUACCUGUAAAAUUAGCAACAACAACAAAAACAAGCUAGCAUGCUAACAGUAUGAUGCUAACAAUAGUAUGAUUACAGAUAGCAUUAGUAUUAUUAUCAAAAUAUGACACUGACAAUAUAUGCCUGUAAACUUGGUUAAAAAAAAACAACUAAUAUUAGCAUGCUAAAAUGCUAACUGUAACAUGCGCCAAAAGCUAAAAAAAAACAAAAAACAAAGCUUGUAAAAUAGCGUUAGGUAUAUAUCGUCCGGUACUAAAAUAUUAGAUGCGGAGAUGUAUACCUGUAAAAUUGGCAAAAGGGCUAGCAUGCUAACGGUUGUGCCAUUAAAAAUCGUAGUAUUGGCAUGCUAAAAUGCCAACUGCAACAUGCGUCAAGUACAUUAAAAAACUAGCAUGCUAACAGUAUGACGCUAACAAUAGUAUGAUUACAGAUGAAUUACCAAAAUAUGACACUGACACUAUAUGCUUGUGAAUUUGGUUAAAAAAAAUCUUAAUAAUAGCAUGCUAAAAUGCUAACUGUAACAUGCGUCAAGUACCAAAAUAUGACUGAGGUGUAAACAUACAAAAUUAGCUAAAAAAAUAAAUAAACAAAUAACGUUACGUAUCUAUCAUACGGUAAAAAAAUAUUAGACGCGGUGAUGUAUACCUGUAAAAUUAGCAACAAAAAAAGCUAGCAUGCUAACAGUACGAUACUAGCCGGCUAAAGUCCUAAUAUUAGCAUGCUAAAAUGCUACCUGCAACAUGCGUCAAGUACCAAAAUAUGACUGAGGUGUAAACAUACAAAAUUAGCUAAAGAAAUAAAUAACGUUACUUAUCAACCGUCCGGUAACAAAAUAUUAGACGUGGAGAUGUAUACCUGUAAAAUUAGCAACAACAAAAAAAAGCUAGCAUGCUAACAGUAUGAUGCUAACAAUAGUAUGAUUACAGAUAGCAUUAGUAUUACUACCAAAAUAUUACCCUGACAAUAUAUGCCUGUGAAUUUGGUUAAAUAAAAGCUAAUAUUAGCAUGCUAAAAUGCUAACCGUAACAUGCGUCUAAUGCUAAAAAAAAAAAAAAAAGGCUUGUAAAAUAACAUUAGGUAUAUAUCGUCCGGUACUAAAAUAUUAGAUGCGGAGAUGUAUACCUGUAAAAUUGGCAAAAGGGCUAGCAUGCUAACGGUUGUGCCGUUAAAAAUCUUAAUAUUGGCAUGCUAAAAUGCUAACUGCAACAUGCGUCAAGUACCACAAAAAAAAGCUAGCAUGCUAACAGUAUGACGCUAACAAUAGUAUGAUUACAGAUGAAUUACCAAAAUAUGACACUGACACUAUAUGCUUUUGAAUUUGGUUAAAAAAAAAUCUUAAUAAUAGCAUGCUAAAAUGCUAACUGUAACAUGCAUCAAGUACCAAAAUAUGACUGAGGUGUAUGCAUUCAAAAUUAGCUAAAAAAUAUAAAUAAACAAAUAACGUUACGUAUCAAUCGUCCGGUAACAAAAUAUUAGACGCGGAGAUGUAUACCUAUAAAAUUGGCAAAAGGGCUAGCAUGCUUACGGUUGUGCUGUUAAAAAUCGUAAUAUUGGCAUGCUAAAAUGCUAACUGCAACAUGCGUCAAGUACCCAAAAAAAAGCUAGCAUGCUAACAGUAUGACGCUAACAAUAGUAUGAUUACAGAUCCAUCCAUCCUACCGCUUAUUCCCUUUCGGGGUCGCAGGGAUUACCAAAAUAUGACACUGACACUAUAUGCUUGUGAAUUUGGUUAAAAAAAAUCUUAAUAAUAGCAUGCUAAAAUGCUAACUGUAACAUGCGUCAAGUACCAAAAUAUGACUGAGGUGUAAACAUACAAAAUUAGCUAAAAAAAUAAAUAAACAAAUAACGUUACGUAUCAAUCGUCCGGUAACAAAAUAUUAGACGCGGAGAUGUAUACCUGUAAAAUUAGCAACAAAAAAAAGCUAGCAUGCUAACAGUACGAUACAAGCCGGCUAAAAUCCUAAUAUUAGCAUGCUAAAAUGCUACCUGUAACAUGCGUCAAGUACCAAAAUAUGACUGAGGUGUAUACAUACAAAAUUAGCUAAAAAAAUAAAUAACGUUACUUAUCAACCGUCCAGUAUCCAAAUAUUAGGCGCGGAGAUGUAUACCUGUAAAAUUAGCAACAACAACAAAAAAGGCUGGCAUGCUAACAGUAUGAUGCUAACAAUAGUAUGAUUACAGAUAGCAUUAGUAUUAUUACCAAAAUAUGACAAUAUAUGCCUGUGAAUUUGGUUUGAAAAAAAAGCUAAUAUUAGCAUGCUAAAAUGCUAACUGUAACAUGCGUCUAAUGCUGAAAAAAAAAAAAAAAAAAAGCUUGUAAAAUACCGCUGGGUAAAUAUCGUCUGGUACCAAAAUAUUAGAUGCGGAGAUGUAUACCUGUAAAAUUGGCAAAAGUGUUAGCAUGCUAAUGGUUGUGUCAUUAAAAAUCUUAAUAUUAGCAUGCUAAAAUGCUAACUGUAACUAGGUCAAGUACCAAAAUAUGACUGAGGUGUAUACAUAAAAAAUUUGCAACAAAAGAAAAGUAACGUUACGUAUCAAUCGUCUGGUAACAAAAUAUUAGACGCGGAGAUGUAUACCUGUAAAAUUAGCAGCAACAAAAAAAGCUAGCAUGCUAACAGUAUGAUGCUAACAAUAGUAUGAUUACAGAUAGCAUUAGUAUCAUUACCAAAAUAUGACACUGACAAUAUAUGCCUGUGAAUAUGGUUAAAAAAAACAAUUAAUAUUAGCAUGCUAAAAUGCUAACUGUAACAUGCGCCAAAAGCUAAAAAAAACAAAAAAAACAAAGCUUGUAAAAUAACGUUAGGUAUAUAUCGUCCGGUACUAAAAUAUUAGACGCGGAGAUGUAUACCUGUAAAAUUGGUAAAAGGGCUAGCAUGCUAAUGGUUGUGCCGUUAAAAAUCCUAAUAUUAGUAUGCUAAAAUGCUAACUGUAACUAGGUCAAGUACCAAAAUAUGACUGAGGUGUAUACAUAAAAAAUUUGCUAAAAAAAAAUUACGUUACGUAUCAAUCCUCUGGUAACAAAAUAUUAAACGCGGAGAUGUAUACUUGUAAAAUUAGCAACAACAAAAAAAAGCUAGCAUGCAAACAGUACGAUGCUAACAAUAGUUUGAUUACAGAUAGCUUUCGUGAAUUACCAAAAUAAAACACUGACACUAAAUGCUUUGGUUGAACUUUUUUUCAAAUAUUAGCAUGCUAAAACGCUAACUGUAACAUGCGUCUAAUGCUAAAAAAAAAUAAAGCUUGCAAAAUUACGUUACAGUAUCUAUAGUCUGGUACCAAAAUAUCAUACGCGGCGGUGUAUACCUGUAAAAUUGGCAAAAAGGCUAGCCGGCUAAAAUCUUAACAUUAGCAUGCUAAAAUGCUACCUGUAACAUGUGUCAAGUACCAAAAUAUGACUGAGGUGUAUACAUGAGAAAUUAGCUAAAAAAAUAAACAACGUUACUUAUCAAUCGUCCAGUAACCAAAUAUUAGACGCGGAGAUGUAUACCUGUAAAAUUAGCAACAACAACAAAAAAAAAGCUAGCAUGCUAACAGUAUGAUGCUAACAAUAGUAUGAUUACAGAUAGCAUUCGUAUUAUUACCGAAAUAUGACACUGACACUAAAUGCCUGUGAAUUUGGUAGAAUUUUUUUUUUAAUAUUAGCAUGCUAAAACGCUAACAGUAACAUGCGUCUAAUGCUAAAAAAAAAAUAAAGCUUGCAAAAUUACGUUACAGUAUCAAUCGUCUAGUACCAAAAUAUUAUACGCGGCGGUGUAUACCUGUAAAAUUGGCAAAAAGGCUAGCCGGCUAAAAUCUUAAUAUUAGCAUGCUAAAAUGCUACCUGUAACAUGUCAAGUACCAAAAUAUGACUGAGGUGUAUACAUGAGAAAUUAGCUAAAAAAAAAAAAUAACGUUACUUAUCAAUCGUCCAGUAACCAAAUAUUAGACGCGGAGAUGUAUACCUGUAAAAUUAGCAACAAUAACAACAACAAAAAAGCUAACAUGCUAACAGCACGACGCUAACAAUAGUAUGAUUACAGAUAGCAUUCGUAUUAUUACCGAAAUAUGACACUGACACUAUAUGCCUGUGAAAUUGGUAGAAUUUUUUUUUUAAAUAUUAGCAUGCUAAAACGCUAACUGUAACAUGCGUCUAAUGCUAAAAAAAAAUAAAGCUUGCAAAAUUUCGUUAUAGUAUCAAUCGUCUGGUACCAAAAUAUUAUACGCGGCGGUGUAUACCUGAAAAAUUGGCAAAAAGGCUACCAUGCUAACGGUUAUGCUGUUAAAAAUCUUAAUAUUAGCAUGCUAAAAUGCUAACUAACUAGGUCAAGUACUAAAAUAUGACUGAGGUGUAUACAUACAAAAGUUGCUAAAAAAAAUUAAAUAAAUAACUUUACAUAUAAAUUGUCCGGUAACAAAAUAUUAGAAAAUAUUUAAAGUUUUUUUUCGUUAAAAAUGAACUUCCGGUUGUAUUUUGGACACCUCUGAGCCGAAGUAAAACCUCAUAAACAACGAUACUUUAUUAGAUAUUUGCGACGGAUUACCUUUGUGUUCGCUUAAAGGUAAAUGUACUUUUAAUACUCAAAUAUUGAUGUCAUUAUUCACAACGUGAACGCCCGCGGACGUCACGCCUGGACUCUCCAGUUUAAAAGUCCACAGCGGCCUCUGCUGGCGAAGUGGCGUUUUUCACCGGAAGUGGCUGUAUCCAUGGGAACCAGCUGCCACAAACUUGUAUUCUCGGCGUGCAAACAUGAGCAAAGACUCGGGUCGGCACGACUUGGCGCGUCUCCGCGUCGAACUGGAGCAAGAACGAGAAAUAAAAGACAUGCUGGAGGAGUCCGUGCGGGACUUGGGCUGCACCAUGAAGGAGCUGCAAGACCGGCUGCACGGUGUGGACCGGGAAGACAACGAGUGGAAGACCAGAUACGAAACCCAGACCGAAGUCAACGCGCAGCUGCAGAGGCAGACCUCGCUGGUCCACGAACGACUGGAAGACCUGCGCGGCAAGCCCAUGGACCGCCUGGCGUCCAUCCGAUCCUAUGACGACAUGCCGACGGAGGCUCUGAGACAACGCCUCAAGCUGCUGACGGACGAGAAGUCACAGCUCCGUUGUCAGCUGAUGGACUAUCGGGUCAGGAUCGAGCAGGAGGGGAAGGCCUUCCACAGGACCAACGACGAGAGGCGGGCCUACCUGUCCGAAAUUGCCAAGCUGUCCUCCACUGUGGAGGCCCAGAGGAGGCAGUACUCCAAGCCGCCACAGAGGGCGCCAGAGAGCCAACCCAGGGCGAAGCAGUCGAGCAGGAAGUCCGAAGGCGACGCCAAGCGAGGAAAAGCCAAAGACAGCGACGGAGGAGGGGGACAUGUGAAAGGAUGGGGAGGCACCAAAACCCACCCUGGAAGCAGGUUGCCCACCCUCAAGCAUCACGUGAAACACUAAAAACAAAAAAACUGCCGCCCACUUCGCACUUCCUACAUGUGCAACUUGCUGGCAUCGUCUUUUCCAAACAAGAAGUCCUCCCGUGCAUGUUACAUGAGCAACUUCACGCCAACACAACGCCAGCUGGUCCUCUCUGGACUGUGUACCUAAUGAACACAAUCCAGUCUGAUAGAAAAUGUCCAGAACGUGGACAAAACACAUUCAUGUGCACACAAGGACUGAUGUGUCCAGGGGUUCUUCACAUUUUUGACCCAGGGGCCCUGUUAGUUGCAUUUUCUUUUGUCACCAUGACUAGGGAAGGUUGUCUGGAUCGUGUCAUAUAAGUAAA